UCGCCACUCAGAUCCCUGGAGACCCUCAACCUGAGCUAUAAUCAGAUAGAAGAUGUGAGUGGGCUGAAAUGCUUCUCUGGACCUGCCUAUCACCUGGGCUACUUGGCCUUGCACGGGAACAAGCUGAGGAGCAUCAAAGACGUGAUCCUGGCUGUCGGAGAAAUAAAGAGUUUACACAACAUGGUGCUUCGUCAGGAGGGAUCAGGGAACCCACUGUGUCACAUCCAGGGUAAAAAUUUUCAUAUCUUUCUAUUUGUUGCAUCAAGGGGGAUUCAAACAUUCUUGUCGUAGAAUUUUGUCGAUGACAUCCAGUGUAAUAAUUUCAGUAUCUUUUAAUGUUAGAUUUUCACCUUGGACAGGUUAUGAGCAAGACUUCUGGUCCAAUCUCCCACAACUGGAAACAUUAAAUGGCCUUGACAAGUCUGGCAAGCUGGCGAGAAAUCUUGAAUCUGUGGCGUCCAUACCUGGUUAGUUUUUUCAUGUGGUUUAGUGAUUAUAUACCUGGUUACUUUGUUUCAUGUGGUUUAGAGAUUAUAUACCUGGUUAGUUUAUUUCAUGUGGUUUAGAGAUUAUAAAGAUGGAUAGUUUCUUAUAUGUGGUUUAGAGAUUAUAAACCUUGGUAAUUUGUUUCAUGUGGUUUAGAGAUUAUAAACCUUGUUAGUUUGUUUCAUGUGGUCUAGUGAUUAAAUACCUGGAUAGUUCUAUUCUUGUGGUGUAGAGAUGAUGUUUCUGGUCAUUAUGUUUAUUCUUGUGUUUAAUGUGAAAGUCACGUAGUUUUAGAUGUCUUGCAUUUCACAUGUGGGACAUAUCUUACCUCUGCCUGUGUUGUAUCUGCAGACCUGUUUACUCUUAUGAUUUUGGCGUACAAUGUACGAUUUUGAGGUGUAUACAUUAUAUAAUGUAUAUUUAUUUUUUUACAAUUAAGAUAAUGUAUUGAAAGAUUUUGUAACUAUAUUGUACGAUUUUAAGAGUUUGAGGGUAAACUGGUCUGUAUCUGAGCCAGAAUGAAAACAUUUUUAUACUCCUGUGUCAGGCUUGGAAGCUUACCUAGACUUCUUGUUGUCCAGCAGCCAAGACCAGCAGUCACAGGUAAGACCUUCAGUGUGCACAUUCCUAGUAGAAUAACAUAAAAAAAUGUUUAGGUGUGUGCACAUUCCUACUAGACUCAAACAUAAAAAAAAUGUUUAGGUGUGUGCACAUUCUUACUAAACUUGAAUGACAAAAAAAAAUUGGGCUGACUACAUAUGAACAUACUUGAUUCUGCAAUUAAAAGAGUUAUUCUUAAAGUUAAAAUAAAGGGCAUUUUAGAACAAUUAGUCUAAUUAUAAUGAACAUUUAUUUUCUUCAGAGAUGUUUGUAAUUCCAGUCAUGUUAAAUAAUGAAGGUGCAAAAAAUUUUUCAGAGGCAUAGAACUGAACCAUAUUACAGAUAACUCUAUGAUUUGUUAUUAACACAGUUAUUCCUCUCCUGACACGGGGAAAAGUGAAUUAAUUUUUUUAUCUAAAAAGCCUUGUUAUUUUUUGGAAUAUGAUUAGAGAGCAUCUUAUUGACAUAGAACAUACAAAACUGCACUUGGCCAAUGUCACAUCUCUCAAGUGUUGCACGAUUGAAUUCACCUGUGAUUACAUUUUUUUUAACAUGUAAUACUCUCCAGCAGUUUUCAAAAUCUCAUUAUCUAAACAUGUCAAAUAACUUUCUUGCAACCUGUGCAUAUCUGUGGUGGUAAUGUUUUUCAUUAAUCGCGUUUGGUGCAAGCUAAAUUUUCUGGAAUGCGUUGAGUUAGCUUGGUCGUGCGCAGUGCUAGAUCAAAGUAAGAGUAAUAUAUUUUCCAAAAACCGAUCUUACAAAGACUAAUGCACCCUAUCAAUAAAAUAAAGCUUAUUUUUUACUAUUAAUUUGUACAUGUCUUGAUCCUCCAACUAACCAGGAGUCUGGUUCCUCCAUGCCUGUGUUGACCACACCUAAAAUUGAUGCGGUCAUCGAGCAGUUCAAA